UCCUCCGAAGGUGGAAUCGGUCCGAAGAGAGCAACUUCUCCCCUCGGCGUCCCACCCCGUCUCUUCGCUCGCAUCUGAGCCGGGAGCGGAGCCGCGCCGCGGGAGCGCGCCAUGACCUCGCCGGGGGCCGGGUGGCUCCUGCCACUGGGCCUGCUGCUCCACGCCGCCGGGGCCCUGGGGGCCAGCGAGUUCCGGAUGACGCCGCGGGAGACGACGGCGGCCCUGGGCCAGCGGGUGGAGCUGCACUGCGAGGUGCUGCUGUCCACGUCGGGCUCGGGCUGCUCCUGGCUGUUCCUGGAGCCCGGCGCCGCCCGCAGCCCCACCUUCCUCACGUUCAUCUCCAAGGUCCGCGGCAAGGCCGUCCCGGACUCCAGCCGGUUCUCGGGCGCGAAGGUGGGGAACGACCGCUACAGCCUCACCCUGAACAGCUUCCGCAAGGAGAACGAAGGCUACUAUUUCUGCUCGGUCCUGAGCAACUCGAUCAUGUACUUCAGCCCCUUCGUGCCCGUCUUCCUGCCAGCCAAGCCCACCACCACGCCCGCGCCGCGACCCCCCACGCGGCCGCCGCCCACCAACGCGUCGCGGCUAGUGUCCCCGCGCCCGGAGGCCUGCCGGCCGGCAGCAGACCCCACAGUGGACACCAGGGAGCUGCACUUCGCCUGCGUCAUCUACAUCUGGGCGCCGCUGGCGGGGACCUGCGCGGUCCUCCUCCUGUCGCUGAUCGUCACUGUCAUCUGCAGCUACAGGAACCGAAGGCGCGUUUGCAAAUGUCCCAGGCCCGUGGUCAGGCCCACAGGCAAGCCCAGCCCUUCAGAGAGAUACGUCUAAGAUGGUGAGGGGCCCUGCGCAACAGCCACUACAGGACUUCACACUGAGAACUCCCCUCACAAGGGGAGCAACAGCCCUUCCCUUAGGUUUUUUCCGCCUUCUUUAUGUAUUCAUUCUCGUUAUUACUUCUUUCGUUGGGUGGAGGGAUGGGGGGUUACUUUUUUUUGUCUUUAAUUGACACAAAACAAAACUGUAGUCUACCUACCAUAUGGGUUGCAAUACUAUCGCGCACACGUAUUGGGGGGAAGGGCCGGCUGUGCUCUCAGCACCGGCUGUUAGAGCUGUGAGGGCCUCCCCAUCACUUGGUCCAGACCUUCUCCCUGGCCAUUUUGCAGAGGAGGUUGAGGUUCAGGGAGGAGGGAGGCUUGAUCAGAGUCACGGCUGGGCUGGGCCCCUCCUCCACACCCUUCAGAUCGUCCUUCUGGAGGCCUCUGGCUCAGCAUGCGGUGUGUCUCCAACCGCAAGGGAGCAAGUCAUUUCUUGAGAAACCCACCACUGCACGCAGGACCCUGAGAAGAUCAUGCAAUAAGAGUACAACUGCCUUCCGCUGAGUGCUAUAAUGUGGCUGAAAAGUAUGUGGGCUUUUACAGCCAAGUUGUAGAGACACUAGGGAUUCCUCAAAUGAAGUGGAAGAGGUGAGCCAAGUCCUGGAAAAUGAAUUAACUCGAUCUCUAAAGAAAAUCUCUGUGAAAGAUUAAAAAAGAAAGAAAGAAAACCUCUGUGAAACCCUAAGUGGAUGCAAAACUGUUCUCCCAGCUCUUCAUUGCAGAGGGACCCAUGAACGAGGAGCAGCCACCCCUUUACCGACGUGGUUUGAGCAUCAGGAAAGUUGAAUGGAGAUCCUCUUGGAUCUCUGAACUUCAGAGGCCGUAUUUGAACAUGCUCCUGGGGUCCCUGCUGACUUCUCGGUCUGUAAAGGCAGAAUCGUUAGAGAGCUGGUCUCCCCUAGAUCAGGUGAGGAUGUGGCAGGACAGACUGCCCUGGUGAGAAGUGAGAAGGCUAAUUGCCUAACCGUGGUCAGCAGACUGCGGUUCGCCAGCCACAUGCGGCUCUUUGGCCCCUUGAGUGUGGCUCUUCCUAAGCCUUAGGAGUACCCUAAUUAAGUUAAUAACAAUGUACCUACCCAUAUAGUUUAAGAUUAAAAAAUUUGGCUCUCAAAAGAAAUUUCAAUCAUUGUACUGUUGAUAUUUGGCUCUGUUGACUAAUGAGUUUGCUGACCACUGGUAAACUGUUGCAUUCACACGCAUUUCCUCUCUCACGGUGUUGCACAGAAAUGUGCUCUCGUUGGAAGAAAAAACUUAAAUAGACAGGGAAAUAAGAAUCAUCCAUAAUUCUGUACCUUUGGUAUAAUCCACUGUUAAUAUUAGGGUAUACUUCUUCUGAUUAUUUUCUAUGCAUAUAUGUAAAAUAUAUAUACUAUGCUUUUUACAAAAAAUGGGAUUGCACUAUGCUUUAAUAAAAAAACAUUUAUGGCAUA